UAAUAUCAUUAGCAGACGAAAAGUGCGAUCGCAAAAAUUCAUCGCUCUGCAACAAGUAUUAUUCCAAGUAGUUUUAUUGCGAAGAAGCGACCUUCGAUGACCUAUAUUUUGUUUAUAUGAAGUGAGGAAUCUUCAGUAAACCCCAAUUCCUUCCUUUUGCUUUGCAUCUCUGCUUUCUUACAAAAAAAAAAUCGUUUCUUUUCACGAAUCGAUAAUUACCCACAGCAUACUUAUUUUUGGAUGUACAUGUGCAAUUAGACGUUUUCUUGUUUUCAUAUGUAUUAUUUCAUAAAUAUAUCUUUAUUUUCUGCGUAAACUUCGCUUUUCUUCCUUCCUGGCUUAUUGGCUUUUUUUUUGAUCUAUUUAGCUUUUAGAAGAAUAAUUCUUCUUUUAUUUUUGUUUAUUUAUUUCUAAUUCUUUGGUUUUGAUUUUAAUUUUGUUAUAUCUUGAAAUCCUUGUUGAAAAUGUCAACGGCGGAUGACCAAGAAAAGUACUUUCGCAAUAGUACAAGGAACUUCAACGUUUUUGACAAUACAGAUGCAAUAAUGAAAGAUAUAGAUGAUAACCCCCAAAAUGAAGAUCGGUUGAAAAAACAAGAAUCCAGGUUUAAGGGAGUCUAUUACGUUACAAAAUUUUAUAAGUGGUUCAUGAAUCUCUCUUUCGUUACACGUUGGAUUGCUUUAUGGCUUCCUUUGGCUUGUUUACUGGUAAUCCCUUUAGCUGUUGGCGCUUCUCCAAAAUACCGUUAUGCGAAACUUGGUACUGUCCGAAUUUUUUGGAUUUUUCUUUGGUUUGAGAUUGCAUGGGGUGGAUUUUGGGUCUCUCGCUUAGCCGCAACUAUUCUUCCUUAUUCUUUGUACACUAUUGUAGGAAUUUUCCCCUUCACAGCUUAUAAGCUAUCUGUAAUUGUCUCCGCCCUUGAACUGCCCUUGGCUUUCUUUUUCACUUGUAUAAUAUGCAUUUGCACUUUCCCACCUAUCAUGAUAAGAAAUUCCGCUCCUGUGUCUCACCAUUCAGGUAAUGCUACCGUGGUUCCUACUGCACCUGGCACUACUAGCGUCAACCCCAACAUAAAUUUAGCAAACUCAUUUUCCCUUUCCUCAGACGUCCAGUCCUGGAUAAAAGUUUGUACGAAAAUCAUUGGUGCAUUUGUGAUACUCAGUAUUGUCCUUCUUUUAGAAAAGAUUAACCUACACUUCAUUGGUUUCCAUUACCAUGAAGUACAAUAUCAAUUUCGUAUUGCUGAUAAUAAAAAGCAUCUGACUAUGCUGUCAAAGCUUUUUUUAGCGUCCUUGAAGGCUCCUUUUAGAGAUUCCCCAUCUGUUCUACAACAAGAUUAUAUUCUUAACUUACGUACCUCCGGUUCUUUGGAUAAGGAGAAUGCUUCUCGUCGUAUCCGACAAAUAAAGCGCCUAAAGAAAAAUGCGAGAAAAGCGUUUAAUAAGACAAGAGUAGUAGUCGGUUCCGUUUUUAAUAAUAUUGUUGGUCAUUCGCAUAAACCAUUCACUCCUGAAGAAGAAUUCAUUAUCGAAAUGCUGCGAUCUCGAAAGCGAUGUCUUGCAAUUGCUAGAAGGAUUUGGUACGCCAUCGUUCCUAACAGGGAAGAUAGUUUAAAAAAAGAAGAUCUUUCUGGUCUUAUACCCAAUCAGGAUGAUAUUAUCUCUAUAUUCGAGAUUUUAGACAGAGAUUACAGUCGUAGUAUCACCCUUGAUGAAUUAGAACAGUUUUCAAGAGAAGUCGCUGAUGAAUUUUUUUCUAUUCGAAUAUCUCUACGAGAUGUCGAUGUGGCGUUAUCCAAGUUAGACCGUGUCGGACUUGCAGCUGUCGGUAUCAUUGGGAUUCUUAUUUUCAUUUCCUUUUUGGACACAUCCUUCGCAACUAUUCUAGCUGCAUAUGGAACAACCCUCCUGAGUUUAUCCUUCAUCUUUGCUACCACUGCUCAAGAGUUAAUGUCUUCUAUCGUUUUCUUAUUCAGUAAACACCCUUUUGACAUUUCAGAUGUUGUUGUCAUAAAUGGAACAAAAUAUGAAGUGGUAACAUUGUCUUUACUAUACACUGUUUUCCGGACCAUGUCAGGUUCAACUGUACAAGCCCCCAAUUCCCUACUGAAUACUUUGUUCAUUGAAAAUUUGCGACGUAGUUUGCCUCAAAGUGAGUCAGUGACAUUGUCAGCUCCUUUCAGUACGGAUUUUAAGCAAUUGGAACGUCUGCGCAGCCUUUUGCUUGAGUUUGUGAAAGAGAAUGAUCGCGAUUUUCGACCUCUCUUGGAUUUGUCGGUGCUAGAUUUUUCAGCCUUGGAUUCACUCAAAUUCACAGUAACUUUUUACUACAAGUCAAAUUGGCAGAAUACUGCUUUACAAGCAAUACGUAGAAACAAAUUUAUGUGCGGUCUUAUCAAUGCUGUCCGUGAUGUUAAUUUACCAGCUGUAAGUGACCCAGUCCUUGGUUCUUCUGAUAACCCUUUUGUUAUUGAGCGACUUUCAAGGGAAGAUCCGCAGCCUCUUAUGGACCAUACUACGAGACCUUCAUUCACCGACGUCUCCUCGGACACCAGUUCUCCAUCAAACAAAAAUAUUCCCAACUAUCAUGCACCCCAAACAGAGAGACAGGAAAGUGAACUAUCAGUGUGUGAAAGCCCAAGAGGGAAGUCGGGCGCAAAGUCGGUGAAGUCGGCUAAUUCAAAAAACAAUCCAGCUUCUGCGGGAUACGUUCGAGAGACGUUAGCUACUUGGGAAGUUCCAGAGCUUAUGAACUCUUUGAAUGCUUUAGAUAGGAGUCAAGAAUUUACUGCAGAAGCUCAAAGUGUGCAGGAUAUCGAAACAUUGCCUACCGAUGAAGAGAAUGAACAGCAGGAGGAAGCUUCCACAACUAAUGCAAGAUGACAGAUUUUUCAAAUAGUAAUUACUUAUUUCCAGUAUUUAUAAAGGACUUUUAUAUUUAUUUAUUUAUUUAGCUUUUGCGACAUGAAUAGAAGAAUGGAUCCCCUUUAAUCUGUCAACGCUUUAAAUAGAAAUAUUAUGUUUACAAUCCUA